GCUACUGUCGUGAUGAAGUCAUGACGUACUUAGCUUCGACGGAACACUAGCACAUGAUCACGUGGGCUGUCUACCACCAAUCACACUGUGUAUCUUACGGCCAGACAUGCAUUUAUCAGAGUGACCGUUUUACGUUCGAGGACGUAGGUGUUAAGUAAUGGCAGGCUGAGGAAGAACAUCAUGGACGAUUCUUGGUAAGCGACACGGCGCAAUGUUGCUGUUUCAAAGUUUGCUGUUUGGCUGUGUAGCUCUUCUUCACAUUGCAUCUGGCGCUGGAUCCCUCUCUCAUGUUUUCAAAAGGGUAAAAAAAUCUCCGGUAUCUCGGUUCCCUGCAUCGGAGCGCGCAAGCUACCAUGGAGGCGAUUUAGGGUUCAAUCUGGGAUCAGUUGAGGCCCAACCCAGUGGAGACAAAACGCUGACUGGAGCUGGCGAGACGGGAUCGGGGGCUAAACGUAAAGGAUCAAAGAUGAGUAAGGCAGAAGUUACAAAUUAUAUCGGGGUCUUAAAGAAAAAGUUCGAGGUUUUAGGAAUAUCGUUAGAUAAUUAUUUCACGAAUAAUAAUGAUAUACCGACGAUUCCGCCGACGGAUGAAGACGACUGCCUGACAACUGAACCAGAAAAGGUUGAGAAACCCGCAUCAAACAUCCAAGCCAUACUUGCACGACUCAGGGAGUUUAUAACUAUCGACAGUCCGUUAGCCCACCCAAUGAGCGCAGAUAUUCCACAAGCUAGUGACCAGGCCGCUGCAGACAAUCUAUCAGAAAUGGAUAAAUUAAAACUUGAAGUACUCAAGUUCUUCCAGAACAACCCGUCGGUAGAAGACAUGUUCAAGGAAGACGAGUCUGCUGCUAAGGUUGAUGCUACAUUAGCAGGUCAGGAAACAGAAAGUAAGGACAAUGCCGACAGCAUGUCUACCCCUACACCAGAUAUCGUAAUGUCCAGCUUGGCAGGUGAGACAGGUGAGACAGGUGAGACAGGUUAUGAGAUACGUGCUGCCAACCCAAACGAGGUCGCACAAGAUUACGCUUACUUUGAAGCUCCAUCUCGAUAUAGGCACAAAAGAAGACGGUACAAAGCAAGGCGUCGAAAAUCCAGAGCAAGGUCAACCGUGGUCUACAAGUCAAGGUCGAAAACUGUGUACAAAGUCAACAAGUCCUCAAGGCCUCGUCAACAGGAGAGGCCGUCACCUAGGUCUAGGAAACGUAAUUCCAGCAGACGAAGGAUAAGAAAGAAUAGGUUGAGGACAAAUAGAAGAAUUAAAGGUAAGAGAAACAAACCUAAAGGGAAAACGAAGGAAAAAGAAACGAAAGAAAAGGAAACGAAGGAAAAAGAAACGAAAGAAAAGGAAACGAAAGAAAAUGAAACUAAGAAGAAGCAAUGCCUAACCAAGAAAGAAAAGGCUAAGGCCAAGGACAGUUCAAAUAGCGACGAGAGCAAGGACGAAGAGACCAAUGACAGUAACAAGAACAAUGUAAAGACUGACAGUAGCAGAAGUGAGAGUAUUAGUAUAAGCAGUGAAGAUAGUAGUAGUAGUAGCAGUAGUGAAGAAGACGAUAAAGCUGCCAGUCAAAGAAGACCUCCUCCUAAGUUUCGUCGACAAUAUCGAUACUAUGAAAAAUAUUUGCAAUAUCACGAGAAAUAUCUCAAAUACAAACUGAAAUACAUACAAUGUUAUAGAUCCUCAAAACGAAACAAGAAUAAGUCACCAAAAUUAGAUGACGAUGGCGAGGACGAUGACGACGAAGAUGUAAAUGGAAAAGGAAAUGACGACACUGACAUUAGAAAGUGGCGGGCCUCUAAAUCAAGUAAUAAUAAAAAGGACAGUACCAAGGAUGAUGAUGAGGGUAAUAGUAACAAGACGGGUAGUAGGAAAGAUGACACCGACGACGACAACAAAGACUUGUACGACUAUUCCGACGAGAACGAUAUGGGGUAUGAUGAUUACCUAUUCCAUACCGAUUAUGGUGGCAUGGACUUUGACUAUGGCGAUGAAAGCGGAUAUUCGGAUGAAAGUAGCCAGGACUAUAGUAGCAGUGAAGAAGAGGAAAGCGGCGCCGACGUAAGUAAGGAAUCUGAUUCAGGAGAAGAAUUGUCAUCGAAAAGUGAGGAGAAUAUUAGUAAAGAGGAUGAUGAUGAUGAUAUUGAUGAUGAUGACGCUUCCAGUAAAAGUACAGAUGAGGAGUCGGAUCACAGUGACGUUUAAGAUUCCGGAAACUGUCGAUAUUUUCUUAAAUUUUAGAUCACCAAAAUCUUAGCGUGUUUUCAAAGUUACACUCUGUCAUCGACCCACUGCGUUCAGUUUCUAUAGCAUGAAGGAAAGAAGAGAGAACACCCUGGACGGCAAAUACAAGCGUUAAGGUUACACGUCUCAGUUGUCCACAGUUACACUCUGAAAUGAUUCAAUGUACUGUAUUUGCUUUAAAAUAUUUUGACUACGUAAAAUGUUAUAUCAACAUUUCCCAAGCUAAAUCUAGGCUAUGUAUCUUCGUGUUUUAGCCAGGGUACGCAUUGUUCCAUUGGUCCGCAGUCGGGAGGUCAUUUGCGACGCUCUAGUAGCCCUUUCGCUUAACCGAUACUUAGAUCGGUUUGACAUUUAUUAAAAUCUUGAAGUAACUGAUA